AUGUUCUUCGCAACGAUUCUGACCGCCCUGGUCGCGGCAACAGCAACAAAUGCCGUCCGCGACUCUCGUUCUCGUCUUCACCGGCAAUCCAAACGCGACGUCGACUUCGUGGACAUGGUCGUGACACACCACAACAUCCACCGCGCAAAUCAUUCCGCUACACCCAUCUUCUACCACUACGACAUGUCCAACACCGCGCGAAAAAUCGCCCAGAGUUGCAACUUCUCUCACAACAUGUACGUACAUUCCACUCCGACCCAUCCCAAAUCCCCCUGCCCUCUCACUAACUCUUUGACAGGGAGAUGGACGGUGGCGGCUACGGCCAAAACAUCGCAGCCGGAGUCCCCUGGCAAAACAUCUCCGCCGUGAUCACUGAUCUCUGGUAUAACAACGAAGUCGAAUACUUCAACGGCCAAUACGGAAAGCAGACCCCGGACACGAGCCAGUUCGAGAAGUUCGGUCAUUUCAGCCAGAUGGUUUGGAACGCGACGACGCAUGUGGGUUGCUAUACCCAGCACUGUCCGAAUGGAGUCGUCAAUGCCGAAGGCACAAACGAUUUCACCGUGUGCAACUAUUUGGGUGCCGGUAAGUUUGGAUGAAUAUCGUUGUUGGUCAAAGAGUGGAGUCGACUGACGUUUUGCGGUGAUAUAGGCAACGUGGACGGCGAGUGGGCGGACAAUGUCAUGGAGCCUGAGGGACACCCAACCUACCAGUGGAAUUAUGGCAUGAAUAGCACCAACUGA